AUACCGUUAAAUCGAAAAUCACAUGCAUAUAGUGCACUAUAUAGGGAAUAUAUAGUGUGCACGGACAAAAUCCAAGACUUCUUUCCACCCGUUCACAUGAAAAAACAUAGUUGACAACAAAUUACGUCAAUGACGCUCCUUGUUAGAAUUUAGGCAGAUGGCAUUCGCGUCAGCGGUCCUCAAAAGAAUUCAUCACUGGAUAUUUGAACACAAAUGGUGCAUCAACACAUGUAGACAGACAAUAUUACAGUCACCGCAGGCAUAUUUUCGCUUAUCUUCUGCAAAAAGACUGAUACUACUGAAGUUCACUAAUUUAGUAGUUGUGAAAGUAUUCUUCCUUUGGUUCUUGACGACUGUAUUGUACCCCCCGGCCCCCAUUGUUAAGUCACACCCAACUGCAGGAGUCACAAUGAAUUAAUCAUGAUGCAUAAGUUGUUUACAAUAUUAUAUUUAAAUACCACGUGUAUAAGUAAAACUAUAAAGUAUUGCAAUUGUAACAGAAAGAGAGUGCUGCAAAAAUCUAAUUUUGGAUUAAGACCCCAUUGAAGCGUGGCUCACUCUGCGUGACUGAAUGGGAGGGGCAGCAAAAAACUUAAAUCGGUUUCAGAUUGGUGCCAGGCAUUGCUGCCCCUUUAAGAAGCACACAGUUGCAGAAGCCUCACACCCCGACGCAAAGCAGCUUGUAGCCAGAGACUGCAGCACACAUUCGCCGCUGCCUCCCCGCACCUGACUGUCAACCGACCCCCCCGGCCAGCUUCUUCACCACAAGCGGCGUCCACGAGGGUAAUGGAGCGCCCUUAGCCCACUAGCUCGUCACCGUUUCAACCUCGAGGCGGAGAAGGCAAGCGGCAGGAGGUCCAGCAAGAUGGUGUCGUGGAUGAUUUCGAGGAUGGUCGUCCUGGCCUUUGGGACGCUCUACCCAGCAUACGCGUCAUACAAGGCUGUCAAAACGAAGAAUGUGAAGGAAUAUGUCAAAUGGAUGAUGUACUGGAUAGUAUUUGCCUUAUUCUCCACAGCAGAGACGGCGACGGACUUGUUCCUCUCAUGGUUUCCUUUUUACUUUGAGUUGAAGAUCGCCUUUGUGAUCUGGCUCUUGUCCCCGUACACCAAGGGCUCCAGUGUUCUCUACCGCAAGUUUGUCCACCCAACCUUGUCCAACAAGGAGAAGGAAAUAGACGAUUACAUUGCACAGGCCAAAGACAGGAGUUAUGAGACCAUGAUGAGGUUUGGAAAGCGGGGUCUCAACUUGGCUGCCAAUGCUGCAGUAACUGCAGCCACCAAGGGACAGGGUGUGCUGUCAGACAAGCUGCGCAGUUUUAGCAUGCAGGACCUGACACUCAUCAACGCUGAGGAUGAGCUGUCUCUGCAUUCUUCAGAUGGCCGCAUGAGACGAGACUCGGUGGAUGACAUGAGCUCGGGGGCGAGCACGCUGCCCCGGGCCAAGAGUGCCGCCACACGACAGACACGCUCAAUGGCUUCGACGUCCCUUUCAGACGAGAUAUCGUCCCACCACAGCUCAGACCAAUCAGAUGCAAGAACUGAGCACUCUGAUGAGGAUGGUGGCGAAAAGGCCUCGAAGCGGACCGCCGCCGCCAAAACAACCAAGAAACCUGCUGCAAAGACGGAGACACAAAGCAAGACGGUGAAGAAGGCACCAAAGAAAAAGACCACAUCCAGUGCAGAGACACCUCCGUGAGGGCCUCUGUCGCUGUCCGCGGGCAGACACACUCCACACCCACAGCCUAACAGCAACCCCUCCUACGUCCGGUCUCCACAUGAACACACAAACACAACAUGAAGCACCAAAUGCUGUCUGCAUUUAGUUUUAGCUUUUGAUAGCUCCCACUUUUUUUUGGGGGGGGGGGGUGGGAGGGAGGCUUCUCUGUGGUUUUCUUAAUUUGUCUCACUGUGUAUGGUUGUUAUGGUCUUUUAAUGAAACAUUUUAUUCAUGUUCCUUUCUUGUUUUUUAUGUACAGUGUGUCUGGACUAGCUGAGAACGUAACCUGACUAGUAAUUCAGCAUUAGGCGUGUAGCACAGAUUAAAAAACAUUAUUUUUAAAAUUGGACCUAAUCUGUUGCCCGCCCAGCCAAGACAUGGUCUGCUUGAAGUCUGGUUCAUUCUGCUGCACCGACAUCCUUCUUCAACAACUAUCUCUUUGUGUACUUCACAGUAGUCGCAGCCUUUUGUUGAAUGUGUUUUUAGGUUUGGAAUAAGAUGAUCAUUUGUCUGCUGGACUCGUUUUUCAUGUAAUUACUGCAGCUUUUGUAUAUUUUGACUUGGGAGAGAGACAUGAUCUUGGCAGCACGAUGGUUGCUAUAUGGAGUUUGAGUGUUCUCUUCCGCCGUGCUUGCGUGUGUUUUCCCUUGUGCUUUGUCUUCUUUCCACUUUCUAAAAAAAAAAAAAAAUGCCUUUGGGUUAUUCGAAGAUUCUAAAUUACCCAUAGAUGUGAGGUUGAGUGGUGUACAAGUACCCCGCCUCUCGCCAAAAGUCAGCUAGGAUAGGAUCAAGCGUGACCCUAAUCAGGAUAUCCACAAUGGAAAAUUUCCACCUACCGGUAUGUUACGCUGAAUGCUCAGUUGUGACUGCUGUAAAUUUAAUUUGUCUCUUUAAUGGCAGUUUUACUUUUUUCUCACCCCCACUUUGUUUUCUAUCCUGAGGGAGUGUCGGGACUUGGCUGUGCCAUUUCUGGUGUACCGGGCUCCACAGGUGUCCCGCCGCCCUGUUGCGUUUAGUUUUCUUUGGCUGCUCCUCGAAUAGGAUUUCAAGCAUGUUGCUGAAAAAAAUGUGAAACCAGUUGGGAGCAGCAGGGGGAGACAAAGUCCGCCUGUGCUACUGACAAUGUAAAUAGAUGACUGUAAAUACAGUACAAUGCGAGCUUGCUUGCCUUAUGCUCUGGGCUUUCAUCUGUUUAGUAAUCCAGCAUUUUCAGUUCAAUUACUCAAGUAUAGUUUUAUAAAUGGAAGAUGAUUCAGUUUAGUCUUGAAUUCUGUUGUAUUUUUCCGCCUUGGCGUUCGAUGAUCAAAUCAUCUAUUAGACAAAUAUUAAUCAACACACGGGGACUUUUUGCCCACACUGCUGGAAUUUUUUUUAAUACCAUCUAUUUCUUGUUUACAUUCUGUUUUAAGUUUUGUUGUACACCAAGAUUCUAAUGUCCCAAUUGUGCAAAUUCUCAAAACUCCAUGUGAAACACAAAGACGUGCGUACUAGAACAAUAUUGUCAUGUAUCAGUAAUAAAUCUGCUAAUAAAGGAGAGUUGGUGGACUUGUCAUU